CUUGCACAAAAAAAUGACAGCUGCUGCCUCCGUAGUGUUUGGUUUCACGUGUUGGUAUUCGCCUAAUACAUUUCGGUUAACUUUAGGAAUUUCAUAAUAUAAAUUAUGCGUGAAAAUACACCGCCAAGAGUACCAGAAAUAGACGAUGAUGAUUAUGAAGAGGUUCAGCUUAUGGAUGAUGCACCACCAGAUGACGAAGAUGAACUGGAAGAAAUACAAUUAGAAGAGCUGGAACAACGUUUGGGUAUUGUUGAUGGUGAAGAAGGAGAAAUGGAGGAAGAACCUGUAGAAGAUAACUCUAUACUUACUUUUACAAGUCACAGUUCAGCAGUAUUCGGCUGUGAUCUACAUCCUGGUCAGAAAUUGGCAGUUACCGGUGGAGAAGAUGACAAAGUGUUUUUAUGGAGUACAGAAAACGGUCAAGUCUUACAGCGCUUAACUCAACAUAAUGAUACUUUAACUGAUGUGCAUUUCAACCAUGACGGCACUUAUCUAGCAACUGGUGACAUGGCUGGUGAAAUUUUCGUUUUCAAGGUGCUACCUACUGCAGGCAAUCAACCAGGUAAUCACAUUCCUCUGCAACAGGUUUGGCAGUACUCAAUGGGCGAUAUGGUUUGGUUACGUUGGCAUCAUGCAGCAAAUGUACUAUUUGCUGGUGGUGAUACUGGUGAAAUAUUUGUGUUUCGUAUACCAAAUGGUGAUGUUAAGAUAUUAACUGGGGAAGGUGAACGUUGUGAAGCUGGUGCUAUCAGUCAUGACGGCAAGAAAUUAUUUGUCUCAUAUAGCAGCGGAAAAAUAAAAUUAUGGGAUAUAAAAACAUGCAAAGCUUUAUGGACCGUUGAUGAAAAUAAUCCGAUUUGCCAUAAAAGCACAGUAACGGGAGUCGCUUGUGAUAAAGAUUAUCCAAUGUAUGUGUCUGGCGGAUUUGAUGGUCAUGUGAUAUUUUGCAGUAAUAAUGGUCCAGUAGGGAGUGCACAAGCUACUGGAGCCGUUGAAUGUGUUGCGUUUUCACCAUCUACAGAUUUAAAAUUAGUAGCUACGGGUACCUUACCGGGACAAAUUGCUGUUUGGGAUUGUUCUAAGUACACAUUACGUACUUUAUGUGAAUCAGCAGACACAGAAGAAGGAAUAACGAAGUUGGAAUGGUUAAAUGAGCAUACACUUGUGGCAUCUACUUUAAAUGGUAAUAUUUACGGCUAUGAUGCUCGCACUGGAUCUAAAAUAUUUAAACUUAGCGGUCAUCUAGCUGAAGUUUACGACUUCAAGUAUAAAGCGUCGGAAAAUAUAAUUUUAAGUGCUUCGGAAGAUAAUACAGCGAAAAUAUAUCUUGUCGAGGAUCAAUCACUCUAAACUCAUAUGUGAUUAGCUUGAAAUUGACUUAACCAAAAUUUUAUUGACUGUAUGCUUAUUUUUUAUUUUUAUUUUUUUGCUAAUUUGAAUUCGCAUAUUAUUUGUUAAUAACGCAAAUUACAGUCUACUUAAAAUACAAUUUAUGUAUCUAAAUUUAAACCAGACACCGGUGGAUACCUUUUAUGUUAAAAAA